GACAUUGAACUUGUAAAAUUUACCACCGGUCGAAAAUCUGAACUUGUCAAAAUUUUAGACAUUUAAAAAUAUGACAAAAUCAUGCGCAUUUAUUCGUUGACAUGUUGACAUUGUAUGGAAAACUGCAAAACUUAGCAUCAGCCAGUAGAAGAAUAACUGUCAUCAAAAAUCAUUUUUGUUCAGGAGCGCAAGCCGUGAAUAAAAUGUCUGAUUCUGAGAAAGAUGAAACUGCUAAAGAUUAUUCAGCAGGGAUCAUUGUCAUUGGUGAUGAAAUAUUGAAAGGUCAAGUGGCCGAUACAAACACACAUUUUAUGACCAAGCAUUUAUUUUCCUGGGGCGUGAAAGUUAAAAAGAUCUCUGUCGUACCUGAUGAUAUUGAUACAAUUGCUAAAGAAAUAGUUGAGUUUUCAUCCAAGUAUACAUAUGUAAUUACAUCAGGGGGCAUUGGACCAACUCACGAUGAUCUCACAUUUGAAAGUGUUGGAAAGGCAUUUGGCGAGCCAGUGGAGCCUAACCCCCAUCUUGUUGAACUGUGUAAGAAAUACUUUGGCACUGAUGAUCUGAAUUCUCCAAAGCUGAAAAUGGCUAAGGUGCCAAAAUCGGCAAAAUUAUUAUAUGGCGAGGAUGAAUCCACAGGAAGAAGGACAAAAUACCCACUAGUCAAUGUUAGAAAUACCUACCUAUUCCCUGGAGUGCCUUCAAUACUUGAACAUGCUUUUCCUUUGCUCAAAGAUCAUUUUAAGAAUCCUGAUAUAGAGAUACACACGAAGGAGAUAUAUAUUCAUCUAGAUGAGAUAUCUAUCACCCCAGUGCUUAAUGAAGCUGACUCGUUGUUCAAGAAACACGUCACUCUAGGGUCGUACCCGGACUUUAUUAACAGCUAUUACAAGGUGAAGCUAACUCUAGAGUCAGAAGACAAAGAGCAGCUAGAAUCUGCCUAUAGAUAUCUGCAGGAAAAUCUACCUGAAAAUGCUAUAGUGCAAUAUGAGAAGAAUCCAGUGCUAAAUGCUGUGGACCAGCUGUAUGGCAUAUUAAGUAAUGAGGAGUCAUCAUCAUUUACAAAUCAAGUGAAAAAUUCUGUCAAUGUAUUAGAAGAUGCAUUAGAUAAAUAUAAGUUAGAUGAGAUUUGUGUUGGUUUCAAUGGUGGGAAAGACUGUACUGUGUUGUUACAUCUAGUACAUGCUGUAGUGAAAAAGAAGUAUCCAGAUUAUGAUGGGAAGAUCAAGGCUCUGUAUAUUCGAAGUAAAUUACCAUUUCCUGAAGUGGAAAAGUUUAUACAAAUAUCUCGAGAUAGGUAUAAGUUAGAGAUGUUACAGUUUAAUGGCCGUAUAAAGGACAGUUUAGGAGAUCUACAGGCCCAGCAUCCAGAGAUAAAAGCUGUUGUUAUGGGAACAAGGGAAACUGAUCCUUAUUCUAGUCAUCUUAACGCGUUUGCAAUGACAGAUAGCGAUUGGCCACAGUUCAUGAGAAUCAAUCCAUUGUUAAACUGGUCUUAUACUGAUAUAUGGACGUUUUUAAGAUCAUUUUGUCUACCAUAUUGUAGUCUUUAUGACAGAGGGUACACAUCACUCGGCAGCAUGAACAAUACUCAUCCGAAUCCUGCGUUACAAUAUGUUGAUGAGAACGGCAUCGUAAAGUAUAAGCCGGCUUACAAACUAGAGACAGACUCGCAGGAAAGAGCCGGGCGCAAUACUUGAUGAUCGUAAAAUUCUAGGAAUAUGUUUUCAUAAAUUUGUAUUUAUAGAUUUCUUUGAAAAGGGGCUGUUUGUAAAGACCUUAGCCUACUGAAAUUUGUUAAAAGAACUUGUGAAGAUUGGAUUUCACGUCUGUGAGUUGUUAAAUUAAGGGCUUUCAAUAUUAUAAUACUAUUUUAUGUAAUGAAAUUAAUUUAAACUUUACUAAACUACUUAGUUGUUGAGCAGCCAACAGUAUGGCAUGGGUUUUUCUUUUUAUAUUACAGCCACCAUUGGCCUUCAAAUGGAUUAAACAAUAAUUUCUUACAAAAUAAACCUUACUGUUAAAAUGUUACGGUAUGUGCUAAACUCUGGAACCUUCUUUUUCAUUAGAUACAUAUGAUUAUUUUUUAUAUACACUGUUGCUGAAUUUUAUGAAUUAAUUGUUAUUUUAAUCUAGAAAAGCAAUUUAUGCAGCAUUAUGAAUUUGUUUAAAUGAUUAUAAAUGCUUCAUUUGGUUAUAUGGCUUUGCAUAAAUGGUUGUUUGUUAUAUAACUCUUGCAAGUCAGCUCUGUUUAUAUCACCUUAAAAAUCUUUGAUCCUAAGCCAUAUAACCUGUCUUAUGAAAUCUUUGCAAAUGAUCAAAACUGGCAUAUUACACAAAAAAGCCUGCUUAGCUCAAUAGGGUGAGCAUUGGAUUAGUAAUCCAAGGUUUGCUGAUUCAAUGCUCUGGCGAGCUGUAAUUUCUCAGAGACAAUUGAUCUGCGACAUUGAGUCUAAUGGUUGCUUGUCACUCGCUACUGAUUCAAAAAUUACAUGGGAUUAGUAGUAGGUUACUUGAGGAGAAAUUGGUAAUUAUUGGUAAGAUUUCCAAGAUAGCUACUUCAGUUGAUUGACCAUUGAAAUAUGACAAAUUAAGUGUUAAAAUGGGUGUAAAAAUCCAAAUAGACAAACAGACUUCAGAUCCUUGAAAUUUUAUUCCAAUCAGUUAUUAAUGACCCUUAACUUAUUUACACUUGAUUGUCUUACGAAAUUAAAUAUUUGUAUGCAAUGUGAUGGUAUAUGUCGAAUUCAUUU